AUUGAAGGUUUGAAAAAUAAACAAAUAUCAAACGAGAGAAAGACAGAAGAAAGAUUGAGAAAACUAGCAGAAGAUUUGUAUGUGCAAUACUCAAAGAAACAUGAGCAAAAAGUGGGAAUAUUGAAAAAGGGAUACGAGACCAAAUGGCAAAGCAAGUUGAACAGUGCCCAUACAGUGAACGAGAAUUUAAAAAGAGAAAUACAAGGAAUUCGAGAGGAAUUGAAAACAGAGAGAAAAGAAAAGGGCGAGUUGAUCAAGCUUUGGGACAAG